GGGCUGCCCCCUUACCACCGGCGCGUCGGCAUGGUCCAGGAGCUGCUGCGGAUGGUGCGCCAGGGCCGGCGGGAGGAGGCGGGGACGCUGCUGCAGCACCUGCGCCAGGACCUAGGCAUGGAGUCGACCUCGCUGGACGAUGUGCUGUAUCGCUAUGCCAGCUUCCGGAACCUGGUGGACCCCAUCACACACGACCUCAUCAUCAGCCUGGCGCGCUACAUCCACUGCCCCAAGCCGGAAGGCGACGCGCUGGGCGCCAUGGAGAAGCUGUGCCGGCAGCUGACGUACCACCUCAGCCCGCACUCCCAGUGGAGGCGGCACCGGGGACUGGGCAAGAGGAAGCCGCAGGCCUGCCUCAAGGCUGUCCUGGCUGGGAGCCCUCUGGACAACACAGUAGACCUGUCAGGCAUCCCCCUGACCUCCCGUGACCUGGAGCGAGUGACCAGCUACCUGCAGCGCUGCGGAGACCAGGUGGACAGUGUGGAGCUGGGCUUCACAGGCCUCACGGAUGACAUGGUCCUGCAGCUGCUGCCAGCACUCAGCACCCUGCCCCGCCUCACCACACUGGCACUCAACGGCAACCGGCUGACUCGGGCACUGCUGCGCGACCUCACCGAGGCCUUAAAGGACCCCAGCAAGUUCCCCAGUGUCACGUGGAUAGACCUGGGCAACAAUGUGGACAUCUUCUCACUGCCUCAGCCCUUCCUGCUCAGCCUGCGCAAGCGCUCCCCGAAGCAAGGCCACCUACCGACCAUCCUGGAACUGGGCGAGGGGCCAGGUAGUGGGGAGGAGGCCCGGGAAGGGACACAAGAGGACCCCGGAGGGGGGCCUCUGGCCCCUGCUGAAGACCAUAGCAAGAGCAGGGAGCCUGUAGCUGUAGCUCAGACGUGA